GCUGCUCGCGGGCCGACCUACCCUUCCCGCGGGGCUCCGCGCGCCAUGGAGGAGCGCGUGGCGGAGAGGCUUCGCGGCGCGCUGGGCCCGCUCGGCUUUGAGGUGCACGCCUUCAAGGUUGGAUGGUACAAUGCAGUUCUCCAGCCAGCCUUCCAUCUCUCCUACCCGGAUGACACACUGGCCUUUGUUGUCCUCAGCACGCCUUCAAUGUUUGACAAAGCCCUUAAGCCUUUUGUGAAUAAAGAACGGUUAAAAAUAAUCAGAGACCCUGUGGAUCAGUGUGUGUCUCAUCAUUUAUCAAGUGUGAAGGAGAUAUUCCCUGACCAGAAAGUGGAUGUCAUUUUUGAUUACGAGAUACUGCCAAGCCGAAGGCCCAAGUUCUUGGCACAAACAGCUGCUCAUGUUGCUGGAGCUGCAUAUUACUACCAGAGGAAGGAUGUGAAGCUUGAUCCCUGGGGGGAGAAGAAGAUCUUUGGCGUAUGUAUCCAUCCCAAGUAUGGCGGUUGGUUUGCUAUCCGGGGUCUCCUGCUGUUCCCAGACGUUCAGGUACCAUUCCUGGAACAGUCUGCUCCGGUUGACUGUGUGAGCACAGAGCAGAAAAGAACAGAGUUGCUGGAGUUGUUCAAUUUCCACUGGCAGGACGGCCGCUACAGGGAUAUCAUUGAAGUGAAGGAAAGGUACUCUGAGGAGCAGAAAACCUACUUUUCCACUCCUCCAUCAGAAAGAUUCAGGCUGCUAGGGCUAACACGUUUCACAGAGUAAUGUGGUUCCAUGAAGGUGCUGGGCACAGGUGAAGUGUAACUCACCAGCACCUCUUCCAUAGUGCUGAGGAGGAAGCUGUGCUGAUAGGGACUGAAAAUCCAAGUGUUGUGUACAGCAUCUCAAUCCAGACUUCAGCUUCUCAGAUAUAGAAGGAACACUGCAUCAUAGCACUUAUGGAGGAAGGUGGAAGCAGUCAGUUCCCUUGCUGAUGCUGAUUUUUGUGAAUCCCAUUAAGACCCAUUUGUCUGCCUGGGAAAAGUUGAGACACCCUGACAAUGGGAAAACUUGUGCUGCUUGUUGCAAAAGUUAUGUUUUUUUCCUCAAGAAUGUCUUCUCUCAGUAUUUUUGUUUUAUGUAAGAGUAAAAAAGUUAUUUAUUGCUAUUGCAUUCUGAAAUAAUUUUUUUUUGUUUGAACUCGGGGCAGAUACUUUUCAGAUGUAUCCAGCGUUUCAUUGCCCUGUGCUGUAACUCUCUCUAGGGAAUACAUGUUCAGUCCUCAGAAGAACAUUUAUCUGCAUUCCCUCACUUCUCAUGAAGCUGGCUUAUUUUAAACAAGAAAUCUUGUAACAUCUCCAUUCCUUAACCCCCAAAAGAAAAUUCUCCAGAGACUGUUUCCUUGGUUUGCAUGGUCCUGCGCAGGAAAUGGGAGUGGGCAAAAGACAGCAAACAGCAGCAGCCUCCUUGCUCAGGGUAGUUGUGGAAGGCAAAGGGACAGAGUGAAGGUCACAGCUCAAGUCUGACACAUUUCCUAUUCACCCACGGUCAGCUUCUCAGAAUGAGGUGGAAGCUUUAGGUCAAUAAGAAGCACUCACCCAUUAUACAGAGCAGUUUGCUAAAAUCUUGGGGAAGAUGCUGCAUAACCCCUGGCUUUUACACUAAGAUAAAUAACUGAAAAAGUCAAUUCUUGUUACCU